CACAAGAGUGCACAAUAGUGGCACUCAUAUCUUCAUGUUUAUUUUUUAUUCAAAACAAGAACGCAUUACAAAUAUUCAGCAAUUAAACACAAGAUUUACUCAGGCUUAUGGCUUAUGGUAGGUGUAUUUUGAAAGGUUUUUUUCAAAGCUGACCUUCCUUUUCUUACUUAAAAUACAUCAAGAGCAGUAUAAGGUGCAUCUGAUGUGCAUAGGAGGGUGUGGCAUCUGCCAUACACUGGCUUCCCUGUAUGUGAAGACGAACUUCAUCAAUUUUACACUGUAAGACCUUACGAACGAAUGGUAAAACCCCACCCUGAAGACUAAAGAAAGAGACGGAGGAGACAACAGAAUAUCAUCAUGUCAGACACUGUCAGUGAAGUGAGUGAAAUGGAGGAGAAUGCAGAGCAUGAUUACUCAAACACAUCAAAAAGUGUAUCUGGAAAACAAAAGCUGAACUUAGUGCUGUGUGGAAGGGAUGGAUCACUAAAGGUCACCAUGUCAAAACUUAUAAGAGGGACAAAGAAAAAUAUUUUCACAGCACAGAGAGGGAGCAGUAAAUUUUGUGUGAUAAAGGAGGAGAAGGUAGAUGGACGUCUGAUCACUCUGGUGGAGCUUCCAGCUCUUUCUCAGCUCUCAGAGGAGGAAGUGAUGCAUCAAUUUCUUCACUGUGUGUCACUCUGUCAUCCUGGAGUUCAUGUUUUCCUCCUCAUUAUUCCUGAUGCUCCACUCACUGAUGAAGACAAAGCAGAAAUGGAAGAGAUCCAGAGAAUAUUUGACUCCAGAGAGCACUUCAUGAUGCUUUUCACUUCUAAUGACACUGUUAAUAGAGGAGUUGAAGAUGUCAUAAAGUCCAGCACAGAAUAUCAGAGAUUAAUCAGUCUCUGUGAAGGUCGAUACCACGUGAUAGGGUUAAAGGAACAUAAAAACUCCAAACAGAUCUCAGAACUGCUGGAUUACAUAGAGAACUUGAAGACUGAACCCUAUUCACUUCACAUGUAUGUGAAAGCUCAAGAGAAGAGAGUCAGACAAGAAUUGGAGCAGAAAUAUAAAGAAGAACUGAAGAGAAUGGAGAAGAAAAUCAAAGAACUACAAGAGAAGAUUCAGUCAUGUGGCGCUGAAGGUGAAACCGAUGAUCUGAAGUGUUUCAGAAUUGUUCUGAUCGGGAGGACUGGAAGUGGAAAGAGUGCAACAGGAAACACUAUUCUGGGACACAAGGAGUUUAAUAGCCAAUCUAGCACAGAUUCAGUGACGACUGAUUGUCAGAAGGCAGUUGGUGAAGUUGAUGGUAAAUCAGUAGCUGUUGUUGAUACUCCAGGACUCUUUGACACAACACUGUCAAAUGAACAAGUGGUAGAAGAAAUCGUGAAAUGUGUUUCACUGUCAGCACCUGGACCUCAUGUCUUCAUCAUUGCGUUGAGUUUGGGAAGAUUCACCAAAGAAGAGAUGGACACUUUAAAUCUGAUAAAGAAGGUCUUUGGUCCAAAAGCUGCACAGUUCAGUAUUGUUCUGUUCACUAGAGGAGAUGAUCUUGAGGAUCAGUCCAUAGAAGUUUAUGUGAAGAAAAGCAACUCUGCAGAACUCAAGAAACUGAUCAGAGACUGUGGAAACAGAUUCCUGGUUUUCAACAACAAAGAAAAACAAGAUCGAACUCAAGUGACUAAGCUGAUAAAUAUGAUAGAAGAGGUGAAGAAUUCUAAUCAGGGUCGAUAUUUUACUAAUGAAAUGUUUGAGGAGGCAGAGAUGUCCAUUAAAAAGAGAAUGGAGGAAAUACUGAAAGAGAAAGAUAGAGAAAUCCAGGCUCAGAAAGAGGAAUUACGAGUCCAAUAUGACAUGGAACUCAAGAAGAGACUAGAGGAAGAGAAAAGAAGAGCAGAUGCGGAAAGAGUGCAGAUGGAGAAUAAAUUGAGAGAAAAAGAGGAAAGUCUUAGAAAAGAGUUUAAGGAGAAAGAAGAGGCAGAAAAAAAGAAACAAGUGAUGGAGAACCAGAAACGAUCAGAGGAGGAAAAACAACAAAAAGCAGAAUAUCAUCAAAAAAUAGAAGAGAUGAAGAGAGAGAUUGAAAAUCAGAGAUCACAGUAUGAAAAACAGCAGAAAGAAAGAGAAGAGGAAGAUAGAAAGAGAGAAGAGAAAUACAAACAAGAACAAGAAAAGAUGAAAAAUGAACAAGAACACAUCAUAGAAGAGUUAAAAAAGAGACAAGAAGAGGACAAUAAAAAGAGAGAUUUGGAGGAAAGAAAGAGGAGUGAACAAGAAGAAAAAGAAAGACAAGAAUGGGAGAGAAAAAUAAAAGAGGCUGAAAAUGACAGAAAAGAGAUUCAAGAGGACAUUAAACAACAACAGAGAGAAUGGGUGGAGGACAAGAAAAGAGAGAUGAGAGAACGAGAGGAAGAAGAAAUAAAUAGAAAAAAGAAACACGAGGAUCAGCUGAGAGAAAAACAAGAAGAACUGGAGAACAUGAGAAAGAAAUUCGUCAGAGAGAGAGAAGAAGAAAGACAGAAGAGAGAGGACGAGAGACAACAAGAGAGAAGAGAAAAAGAAAAGAAAGAGAGAGAGUAUGAAGAAAAGAAAGAUGAAAUGAAAAGACAUUAUGAGCAGCUGGAACAAAAGAUGAAAGAGGAGUGGGAGAGAAGAAAACGAGAGGAUGAUGAGAGGAGAGAAGAAGAGAGAAAGAAAUGGGAGAAAAAGAUUGAAGAUCUGAAACAAGAGCGAGAGGAAGAGAUCAAGAGAAGAGAUAAAGAGGAGAGAGACAGAAGAGAAAGAGAAGUGACAGAGCGUGAACAGAUGAAACAGAAACAUGAAGAGGAAAUGCAGAAGAUGAAGAAGAAAUAUGAAGAUGAAGCCAGAAAACAAGCAGAAGAAUUUAAUGAUUUCCAAAACAAGACUUAUACAUGGCAUAGGUUUUAUAGAGGCAUAAAUAUCUGUUCGAUUCUGUAGUGCUUUUUAAAGCUGCUGUAUGUAAUUUUUAAAAAGUAUGUUCUUUGUAUCUUAGCUGAAGAUGCAGUCAUUUGUAACUAAAGCACAGAUUGAUUUUCCUGAAGAGUGUAAUACUGUGACUUGGUGGCUCAAUCAAAACAUUUAUUGCUCUUUUUUAUUGAGUGGCCAUUCAGCCUGACAACAACACGAGUGCUUCUCAUUUCUAAAAUUGUGCAUCCUUGUUUCAUUUCCUUGUUUCCUUGCUCCUCUCUUUGAGGGCACAAGGAAGGAAUGCAAGAUGUCACUUCACAGCAUGUCUUUGCGCAGCUGCAGCUCAUCUGAGCACUCGCCGUUGUGUUGUUGAAAUCGUAAUAAUUCAAGAUGCAUUGCUAAAGUAUGUGACAAUUAUGGUUUAUUUAAACCGCAAAUGUGAAAAAUGAAUUAAAAUGGUUGUGUCACAUGUGAAGGGGGAGGAGAAUUCAUGCAUGCAUCAAAUGCUUCCACCAAAAAGUCUUCCACAGAGGAUGCUCCGGUGUUUCCCCACUCAAGUGUCCUUGAAAAGCUUCCUCAGUCCUCGAUCCUCUACUCCUCAAGGGGCGUUUAGAGGAUUGAUACCUCCUUCAUGAUGGCGGACUUUGAUGGGUUUCUGGAACACGAGGACGGAGGAGCGAGGAAACAUCCAGUAAAAUAUUGAAAAGCACCCCAUGACCUCACCAACAGAGUUUGGGUGGGACUAUCUGUUUGGCCAACUCAAUGAAAAAGAUGGGGAGUGUUAUUUUUGCAAUUCCAUUUGGUGUCAUUAAAAGUGGAGAAAUUACACUCUUCAGCUUUAAUUCAGCAGACACAGGAACAUUGAAAUGAAUGGGAAUGUUCUCCAGGUAUUUUAAAGCUUUUUGGCUGUAACUGAUGAACAUUUUCACCACUUUAAUCUCUCAUUUGUCUUCGCUUGUAAAUUAUAAUUCAUUUGAAAUUGCUAUAAAAUUAAAAUGAUUUCACAAGACAAUAUACUGUAUAAUGUUAAACAAUAUCUGAGUUCAUUACUAAAUGAUGAAAAUAUGAUGAAAUUAAAGUAAAAUUGCAUGUCAUGUCAACUGCCCGUAUAUACCACAAUAUUGUUUAAGGGGUAGUUCAUUCAAAAAUGAAAAUUAUAUCACUAUUUACUCACUUCCAUGUUGUUCCAAACCUGCAUGACUUUAUUUCUUUGGAGCUUGACAGGCCCUUGUCACUGUAUGCUUUUGGUGUUUGGGAAUGUGAUUCAAGAACAUUCUGCUAAACAUCUCCAAAUAAGAUUUCACCAGAAAACCGUUUUUUUUUUUUUUUAAUUAUAUUAUUGUAAUGAUCUGCAUGAUCUGCAAGAUUUUGAUGUGAUUCAUUUAAUUGAUGAAUAAAACAUUAAACAAUGACAUGAAAUAACAA